AUGAAGACCUCGAACCCCCUUUGGCUUGUCGGCCUCCUAGCUCUUGACCUAUGGGUCCUGCUCACGAGCGCCGGCGGCGUCAGUCGGGAUCUUGUCCAUCGGCAGCUAUACUCCGAGGGUGGCGAGUAUCGCGGUCCAAAAGAUGAGGCCGGCAUCGGGCGAGGGGACCGCUUCAAUGACGGCCAAGACAUCCCCUACGGCGCAGGGGUCAAAGGUCGCAGCGAGAAUGCCUCCUUCUACAAUUUCAAGACGAUCCUCGGCCACAAGGAGAUCGAAUCUGCCAUGAAAGCCCUGAAAAACGAAUACGGCAUCAUGCUCGCCCAUCCGCCCGAGAACUCAUUCGAGGACCGCGAAACCACCAUCGGCAUGCUUCCCUGUGAUGGCACCCCCCUCGGCAUCACCAGCAACAGUUGCGGCAUGCCCUCAACCUACAGCGCCUACUUGACCGGCUCUAUCCACGGUCGCGAGCGUGGCACCUCGGACGCCAUCAUAUACUUCCUUUCCGAUCUCUUGUACGCUCGCAAGCACGGCACGGGUCUCGACUACGGCAAUAAUGUCAAGUUCACCAAUGCCGAAGUCCAUCGUGCUCUUUCCGUCGGCAUCGUGUUUUACCCCAUGGUGAACGUUGACGGCGUCAUGUGGGACCAGGACAUGGACGACUGCUGGCGUCGCAACCGCAACACCGACAGCGCAGAUGGUGAGGGGGAGAACAAGCAGGUUCCAAACGGGCUGCGGAACACGACGGUCGGCGUUGAUAUCAAUCGCAACUUUGACUUUGCCUUUGACUACUUCCGCAUCCUCAACUCGACCUUUGGCUAUCUCGGUAACUCAGCAUCCCCCAGCAGCGAAUUCUUCCAGGGGAAACACGCCUUUUCAGAGAGCGAGAGCCGCAACGCGGCCUGGGUCUUUGAGGCGUUCCCCAAUGUCAGCUGGUUCAUGGACGUUCGUACAUUUGGUCGGCACAUUUUCCAUCCCUGGGGCCUCGAUCUGAACCAGGUGAGCAAGCCGGAGCAGAACUGGCAGAAUGAGGAGUUUGACGGCAAACGCGGCGACACGUGGGACAGCGAGUACGGCGAGUACAUGGAUCGUGCCGACAACGACCUACACAUCUCGGUUGCUGAGAGCAUCGCUGAUGCCAUGGAUGGCGUAGCCGACAUGACGCACACCUUUGGAGAGUCGGCCUAUCUGUAUCCGCAGACAGGCGGGAUCAUGGACUGGGCUUAUGCACGUCACAUCCUCGAUAGCAGCAAGACGAAGGUCAUGAGCUUCACCAUGGAGAUGGGCGAUGUGGAGAGCGAGGCUAUGGAUAACCUCAGCGAGAUCUGUCCAUUUUAUCCGACUGUCGGAGCUUUCAACAUUGCUCUCCGCGAAGCCGCUGUUGGAUUGAUGACGUUCCUGCUCGCGGUCGCGGAGAAUACUCGUUAA